AUGUCUAGUAACAUCCCUAUCAAGCUUCUGAACGAGUCACAGGGCCAUAUAAUAUCCCUGGAACUGAAUAAUGGAGACACAUACAGGGGAAAGCUCCUAACAAAUGAGGAUAAUAUGAACCUGCAAUUAAGAGAUACUAUAGUGACAAAUGCCCAGACGAAUAAACAGACGAAGAUGGACCAUGUGUUCAUAAGGGGGUCACAAAUCAAGUUUCUGUCGUUGCCAGAUAUGUUGAAGAAUGCGCCAUUGUUUAAGACAGGUAAGGCUUCCAAACAGCCCCCACCAAUCCGUGGUCCAAAGAGAAGGUAA